CGUUUUGUUAUCGUUGCAGUAUAACCGUGCCGUAUUCGAUUCGAUCGCGGAGUUCGCAACGCAAACUGGGAAAUAAUUGUGCUUUUCUUAUCACGAGUUUACAUUAUUUAGUGGUUAGGCGCCUAUAAAUACGUUAAGAAAUAAUAAUAAUUCUAUUUAAUUACGUGAUAAACAAGCUGAGCUCAUUAAAGUUUGGUUCCGGAGCGGUUGUGUCUGUACAUUAUUUGCCGUAAUGAUAAGAUGCUGCAUAUUACGAUGCGGGGAAUGAUAGCCGGGGAGAAGUCGGGUCUGUGAGUGCGCAAAUAAUUGUAAAUCUCUUUAGGGCGUAAUUGGCUACCGUGAUGAGUUGCAACGUUUGGUUUGUUCAAUCGUUCUUCUGCGGAACGGGAAUGUGACCGUGGGAAGAUAAAAUGAUGCUGUGAACUUUGUGCAUACUCGAAAAGAAAGAAUUCGAAAUCUGUGACUGACAACCAUAUUGAUUGUGUUUAUGAUGCGGAGGGUGACCGAAAAGAACUGCACGGUAGCCAGAUUCAUUGAUUCUUUGUCGUUGGUCGACAGAAUCUCAGCAUAAACCAUAAACGUUUAUUAGUUAAACCUCUCACUCAGUGUAAGCAACUUAUUUCCAUCAUAGUAGUUUAGCUCAAUACAAUACAAUGGAGGUUCUAAAGAAGCAUCUCAGCGGAAAGGAAAUCCAAACAGUGAAAAUGUGUUGACCGUAUUUUACGUAAUCAACUACCACUAUUACUGUGUCAGCAAGCACUCAUAUGUGUACUUACACGCAAUGCCAGCAACAACCGUAUAGUGCGCGAAGACAGAAUGCAGUGCAAAUAGAUGGCAUUGGCGUGUAGUUCGCAAGUGAAUCGAGUUGUUUAUUUUUGCCGUCGCACCUAGGCACCUAGCUGGCAAGAUAGCAUGAAUGAACAGUCUGCGACAAAGAAUGGCUGGCCCGCUAAUCGAAUUGUUGUUUCGGCAGGUUUGUCGUAGACCGAAACGGAAGGUCAUCACGCUUUCCAAGAUAUGCACGAAUAAUAAUUAGUUCAAUGGAAGGUUGAAGAGUUUACAACAUUUCGCUUGGAAGCAGCAGUGGGAAGUGCGUGCGUGUGAAGAGCUAAAAAUAUCAUCGGAUUUAAUCGCAGAGAGUGUAGGCGUAACAUAUAUUUUGCUAUUGAUCGGAGAGUGGCACAUAAGUGAAAAAUUUUUCCCGGAAUCAUCACCAUAGCACCAGUAGCAGCAGCAGCAGCAGAGCAGCACAGUUUAACACAAUGUCGAUAUCUAAUGGAAAAACAUCUUCCGACAUCGAGAACGCGGAAUGGAAUUCGACUGGAAUGCUGACACACACCAGAUACGGCUCCAGCAGCAGCCAGGCAUCGCAGAGCAGCGGAGAUAUCUGCCGGAUCUGUCACUGCGAGUCGGACCCACUGAAUCCAUUGCUCACACCGUGCUACUGUUCCGGGAGUUUGAAAUUCGUACACCAAACCUGCCUGCAGCAAUGGCUGACCGCAUCGGAGACGAACGCCUGCGAGCUGUGCAAGUUCCCGUUCAUUAUGCACACCAAAAUAAAACCGUUCAACGAGUGGCGCAGCCUGGAGAUGUCCGGGGUCGAAAGGAGGCGGCUGUUUUGCGCGGUUCUGUUUCACUGUGCGGCCGCCCUGUGCGUGAUUUGGUCGCUGUGUGUGCUGAUUGAACGGGCUGCCGAGGAAGUGCGCCGGGGACUGAUUGGGUGGCCCUUCUGGACGAAGUUGGUUGUCGUUACGGUCGGCUUGACCGGUGGAGUGGUUUUUAUGUACAUCCAGUGCAAACAGUAUUUGAAUCUAUGCAAUAGGUGGCGGGCGAGAAACAGGAUAUUGUUGAUUCAGAAUGCACCGGAGAAAGUUCAUCCGCCGCAGUCACCCGUGAUGCAACAGUUUCGUCGUGUUCGUACGGCAGCCAGGGCCGGAAGUGUCACUGGUGUCGGGCAUGGCGGUAGUGGUGGAGCUGGGAGCAGCACUAGUAAUAAUUCGGUAACAAUAGGUCCUAUGAUGCGUGGAUUCGAUCACCAGCUCAUGGGGUCUAUUGGAACCGGCGGUGGGGGACAUGCAUGUGAGUUACAAAUAAAUCAUCAGGGACAGAUUAUUGCUGCAAACAUCGAGAACAGUUCGAUCAGUUACGAUCGGGACUGGACACUAGACGAUAUCAGUCAGAUGUCGUUUAAACCGUGUCCCCAAGGUAGUGGCAGCUUGACACCAUUACCAUUCCAUGACUCAGCGCAUAAUAUAUGCGAAGGAAGCGGCAGCGGUGGUAGUGGAGUAGUGGUAGCAACGCAUCGUUACUCGGCAAUCUCCGAUUCGUCCAACCCCGCUCACGAGGAGGAACAGUUGCAACAAAACACUAGUAUUAUCGAACAAAGUAGUGGUAGCUGUAACAGUAGCAUUAAGACAGCCGAUUUAAAUUUGUUUAAAAUGCCGCAGAAUGCAGAACUGAGUAGUGUUAGUAAUAGUAGUACAGGAAUGCCAUCGGGACCGAGCAGCGCUGCACGGUAUCCUAACUCAGCGAUGUUCUUGGAGAAUCGUGAUAUCCUCAACGACCCUUCAUCAUGCUCCGAGCUAAUGACACAUCCUACAAAAUCGUACAAUCGCCGUUCGACCGUUUUGGGUGGUACGAACUACAAUCAGGAUGAAUCACGCCAUGACAUGCGACGAUACUCUGACACUAAACUGUUACAACAACAGCAAGCACUUAGUUAUGUAAGCGAACAACCUGCCGAGUAUAGUCCUACCAAAGAUCAAUUACUCCUUAACCCGAAAAGCAUCAUAUACGACAUGACAACUUUUCUCGGUCCCGUUGUGCCACAAGACUACGAAGCAAGUCCAACAAACUCCACUCAGCAUCAUCAACGACCGCAUCACUACCAUCAUCAUCACCAUAUGCUUCCGGCAGCUGCAACAACGGACAGUCCUAGUCACGUCAUCCAAACCACCGACAUUCAGUUCGAUAGUCAAUGCGACGAGGAAUCCCCCACCCCGCGACCAUCUCCAUACGAUCCACUUGAGCUCAAUAUCCAAGAAAUGCUCGAGUUGGACAUCGCCAACAUACAACGAUUACGUGAUAAAAAACCGUCACUUGGUAAUAUCUCCCAGCAUUCAUCCUCCUCCUAUUACCAGGAUGAUCCUUCCUCACCAUGCUUAGGUCAACCGGCGAAUUCAACCGUCAAUUGGCGGCCGGCUCCUUCGUUCGGCUCCAGCCCUAGACUAGAACAACCCAGCGCUCAAAGUCACCUACAAAUGCCUCAAUAUCACCACCAUCACCAGCCACAGCCGUCUGCAUCACAUUUUGCUGCAGCACCGCCCGCUACAGCAGCUGCUGCAGUUACCGCGCACGGCGACGGCGACAGUGGUCAGUGCAGCACCAAUCGACUUAAGCUCUUCAAAUCGCUACCGAAUUUAAGCGCCAGUAGCGAGAACUUGCUGCCUCCACCAAAACGGUUUGAUUAGAUUAUUAGGGUCCCUCUAACGUAGGUGUAUAGGAUCUGCUGAUGGCAAUCUAAGGUCUGGCUUUGCUAGUUUUGAGUUGAAGCAACUUUGCUGGACGAACUCUAAAGUCCCAGAAUAAACUAAUAGUUUUUUUUUCAUUCGGUUUGUAUGUUUGCGACAGUACUCGUUGAAAACCUCCGGCCAAACAUUUUGGAUUGUUUUCUUUUGAGAACAGAUUCAAUGUGAUAAACCCGUACAACUCAAGAGCCAUUCAUUUUCUUCAGGCUGAUAAAUUACACUGAGUACUUCGGAGAAAAAUAUGCUAGAUUUAUUACCUAGUUAUUAUUACAGCAGGUGUGCAACAUUCUUCAGUUGAACGUUUUUCGUCUUUCUUUAGUUGAACGUUUUUAAAUGGUCUGAUUCAACAGACCACGUUUCGAAGGAAUCUUUAACUCACUGGAGUCCCAGUAUAGAACCAGUGAGUGUGUCUUAAAAACGAUAAAAAUAAAGAUAAUUCUUUUUGUGCCAGCAUCUAGUUGCUGCAAUCGAUGCGACUCGUACCAUAGAUUAGCAUGGUUGUUUCACAAAGUUUUAACUUUUCAUGCACAUUUUCGGGUUAAUAUUUAAUCAUAUCUGAGACUCUGCAAGAAGGCUCAGAAAGAAAAAUUUGUCCAAAUUUUCAAUAUUUUAAAACUUCAAGCGUGGAUCGCUUUAUUUCAUUCAACAGAAAACAGUUGUCAGUGCUAUACAAGCCUAUUUCUUUGUUUCAAUAAGUCAGAUGUUUCACCCUUUACUGAUUCAAUAACGAUCCUGUCAUAAAAUCAAUCCUAAAGAGAAGAGCAAAAGUUCGAAAACCGGAAGGUAGUGCCAAGGAAGGUUUUGCGUUAACAGUAAAUCCAGAACCUACUAUCAGUGACAAAAAGAAAGCGCAGACAUUUUUCACCAUUAUUACGGUGAGACAUUCAGUAACAACAAUAAGAUAAAUCAUAAGAAAAAAUGUGGCAUUUUAUGCGGAGACGAUAGUUUAAGAUAAGCAAAAAAACAAUCGUUUGUGCAGAGCAAAAAAAAAGGAUAAAGAGCGGAAAAUAUUUUAUUAUUUUCGUUUAAGCAACUCUAUAGCUGUAGCAGAGAGCCAGUGUGAUAAGUGCGUUUGAUAAGUGCGAAAACAUAAUUAUUGAUUGAAUGCGAAACCUUAGAAUUUGGCACGUUCGUGUCAGUUAAGUUAGGCAUGUAGUGCGUAAAAAACGUAAUUUUGACUUACUAUAACUGAAACUUGUAAAUUAUUAGUGCAGCAGCGGAGUUACAA